AUGGACGUUUUACGACGAAUUCGGCAAACCCACAGAACGCUCGUGAAUAUUCUUGUCCGCCGAUCUAACGCGAUUGCAUCUUUCAAAACGUACUGCACCUUGACGAAGGUACAGACAAAACCACAAUUGGUGGAGAAUAACAAGUUCAAUAACAACAAUAACAAGCAACAGGAAUCUUGUACACCUGUAACUAUCGACGAGGCGACGAUCAGAAGGCUCGAGAAGCUUGCCUUAGUCGGCAUCGAGUAUAAGCAGAGCAAACGAGUACUGGAAGAAGCGGUCGCGUUUGCCGAGCGACUGCGACAAGUACACAUCGACGAGACGGUGCGUCCUAUGUACAGUAUCCUGGAGAACGAGCAUAUUCAUCUGCGGGACGACGUGACAUUACCGCACGACGUCAACCACCGAUGUGAGAUUCUGAAGAACGCCGCAGUACUGGAGGAGGAAUAUUUCGUGGCGCCUUUGACAGGUAAAUAUAGGAUCAAAUAUAUUCCACAUAUCAUUUACAAUGUGAUAGCAGUCUUCAAAUACUUUCCACGAAUACUUUGA